AUGUAUGGUUUGGCUUGCAGGUUCUACCUAUCAAACAGGUUAAAUGAGAAAAGUGACGUUUAUAGCUUUGGGGUUGUGCUGUUGGAGAUUAUCACAAGCAGACCGGUUUUAACAAGGACGCAAGAGAGACUUCACAUAAGUCAAUGGGUUGGUUUCAUGCUUGCAAAUGGAGACAUUAACAGCAUCGUCGAUCCAAGGUUAGAGGGAAAUUUCAAUACCAACUCCGUCUGGAAAGCUGUGGAAAUAGCAAUGGCAUGUGUAUCCAUAAAUGCCAUCAAGAGGCCAAGCAUGAGCCAAGUAGUGGUGGAUUUGAAGGAGUGUUUGGCAACAGAAUGUGCUCGAACAAAUCAUAGCCGUGUAACUGAAUUCAAUAAUUCCAAUGAGUUCGUGGCUGACAAUUCGAUCGUUAGGCUAUCUCCCUCCGUGAG